AUCCCCAAGAGCUUGAGUUGGCGAGAAAGUACAUCCCGACUACCCUAGGUAGAAACCGCGCCACAGAUGUAUCGUGCGUGCAUUGGGUACCGCCAGCCCACCUUUCAAUCACUCCGGACCGGAUCUCCCCGCCACUAUCGCUCGCGCCUCUGCCUCUCGCCUCGCGCUCGGCCCAUGGCGUCCAUCCCGCGCGCACAUUGCCCCGCGAAUGUUGUUCUCGCCAGUACCACCCUCCGCCUACUCUUCUGCGCGCUCCUCGUCUCCGCGCUUCUCCCCGCGCCCGCCAGCACCGCGCCGGCCGCGGCGAGGUGGCGCGACCUGGACGUGGGGGAGCUGGCGAUCAUGCCGUCCCCGCUGCACGCCUUCGACCGCGCGCCGCCCGCCGUGGAAGGCAUCGCGCUCCUGCGGCUGGGGGAGAUUGGGGACGGGCCGGCGGGGCUUGAUGGGGGGAACCAAGCGGCGGUGAACGCGUGGCUUGCGGAGCAAGGGGCGCAGGGCAUUGGGGGGACGGACGGCGCAGUUGGUGUCGAAUCUCCCAAACAUUCCGCGUGCCCUCAACCUUCCUCCUCCGCUUCCUCUAGUGAUUCUCCUGGCUCCACCGCGCAGCCUAUCCUCGUGGCGCAGCAAGCAUUGCCCGCAUCGGCCGCAGCGCUGUACGUGCCCGCGCCGCUGCUGGUGACGGCGGACCGCGUGGCGGAGGAGGAGCCGAAGCUGCUGCCGUACAACGUGUCGCGCAAGGAGAAGCCGUGGACCGCCGCCUCCGUGCUCGCCGCAUGGCUGCUCAGGGAGCGCGCCAAGGGCGCCAAGUCCAAGUGGGCGGCGUUCAUCGGCAGCCUGCCGCAGUACGCGCCAGUGCCGAUGCUGUUUGAGCGCGAGGUGGUGGAGCUCUUCGACUACCCGCCCAUGCUGCGCCGGCUGGCGUUGUACCGCGAGGCGUUUGAGGAGGAGUAUCUGCGCAGCAAGGCCAAGGCGGUGGCUCGCGCCUCCAAGUCGCACUUCUUCUGGGCGCUCUCUCUUGUGCUGGCGCGCGCACUGCCACUGCUGCCCUACACGCACAUGCCGCACGGGCUGCUGCCCUCGCAGCUGCCCGCCACUGCUGCUGCCGCCUCGCCUGUGGGGAAGGUGGUGGCAGCAGUGCGGGCCAGGGAGAAGAAGGAGAAGGAGGAGGGCGCACCCACUGCUCAUGCUGCUGCUGCUGGUGCUGGUGCCGGCAGCGCGGCAGGGGACGGCAGUGGCAGCGCUGGCUCCAGUGAGGGCUUCUGUUCUGCGUCUGCUGGUGGCGGGGAGUUUGCCGCAGGUGCCACGGGGUGCAGUGUGGUGCAGCAGCAGUGGGUGGGCACGAGUGCAGAGGAGCUGGCGGACAGCCUGCGGUGGGUGGAGCAGUGGAUGGGGGCGGGCGCAGGGCAGGGCAGGCGCAGCCGCUUCAGUGGGCCGCUGCUGCUGCUGCCGCUGCCGGCUGGUUUCGUCCACUCGCACUCGCCCAACGUGGAGUGGAAGUGGCAGGAGACAGCAUCGGAGUCCCACUCCUCUGCAGACCCCGCCUCCACCAUCACCUUCCGCGCCCUCGCCUCCAUCCCCCCCAACGCGCCUCUCUCCCUCAACCUGGGCGCUCUCCCCAACGACGUGCUCUUUGCACUGCACGGCCAGCUUCCGGCGUUCAACCCGCACGACCGCGUGCCGCUCUUCCACACCUCCGACUCGCUGCUCGCCUUCCUGCUCUCGCUGCACCGGCUGCGCACGCCAGGGGGCACCAGCAGCAGCAGUGGUGCGUCCCAGUGGUACGACCCCAAGCUCACCAAGGAGCAAGAGGCGGCGCUGACAGGGGCGCUGGAGGUAGCAGAGGACGCCGUCAAUGCGGAGGUCAUGCGGGAUGGCGCCGCUGGCACUGCAGGCGCGCUGCAGCAGUACCCGCUGCCGCUGUCACUGUGGGACGAGGUGGAUGGCGGGGCGUACAACACUGGUGCCGAUGGGCAGGUGGAGCCACGCCUGGUGGCUGCCCUUGCUGCCGUGUGGUUCAAAUGGAAGGAGUGGGAAGACCUGGACUGGCAGCAGCUCGCCCGCACAGCAGUCGCUUUCUCCCGCAACCCCUUCCACCCAGCAUGCCCACCCCCCGCCUCCUCUCCCCCCAUCCCCGCUCACCUGGUGGAGGCGCUAGCUGCGGCAGUGGAGGCCAUCUCUGAGCGCGCGCAGCAGGUGCUCUCCGCCUUCGCCACCUCCGCGGAGGCCGACCAGCAGCUGCUGCGCACGCUGGCGGGGUGCAGGCUCGCAGGGGCGCAGGGCGCACAGGGCAAUGCAGGUUCCGCGGGAAGGGAUGGGGCGACAGGGGCCAGCACAGAGGGGAAUGCGGAUAGCAGGAGGGACGGGGCUGGAGAGGAGGGUGCAGCUGGAGGUGAGGCUCAAGGGACGCCAGGGGAGGGGGGAAAUGGGGGUGGCGGUGCUAGUGGGUGCGAAGGUGUGGAGUUUGAUGCCAGUGUGUGCACGGCGCAGGUGAUGCGCACGCUAGGGCAGCGCGAGAUGGUGGUGCGGUUCCGGCUGGGGAAGAAGCAGCUGCUGCGACAACUCGUCGACAGGCUCAGCGAUGCCUGCAUCCAUGCUGUGGCGGAUGGGGAGGGGGGAACAGCAGCAGCAGCAGCUGCAGCAGCCUCGUGAUGGGUCCAUCCCUGCUAUCUUGCCUUGUGCUGCAGUCACUUUCUUACUUGCCUGCCUGCCAGGUCAUGUCUGCUCCUGACCCUAGUGGAAUGUGUCAACAAAUAUAAUAGUCUAUGCUAGGUACAGUAUAUUUGUUAUAGCCUUAGUUAGGUCAGUUCUUAGAGGGUACAUUCCCACCUUUGUAACUCUCAGCCUUCCUCCCUUGGCUCGAUUUUCUCUC